AUGAAUCUCAUAGGGGACGUCAAGAUCGAAGAUCAUUCCAUCCUCGAAGACGAGGGAAGAACCGGCGGAGAAGAAGGCGAAGGAUUUUCCGGGGAAGAAGAUGACAGAGGAGAAGGGGACUGGCGACAAUGCUCCUUCCACGUGCAAGCAGAUGGUCUUCUGACCCUUCCAAGAGUUGCAACCCUACAACCUAGUUGGGAUAGAGUCUGCAGAGCUUGGGCCCAUCAGUCUUGGUCAUGGACUGGUAAAGGAGAAGGAUGUGAGAAGGUAUUUAAAGAAAUAAGAAGGUUUGGUGGACUUAGCAAGUGGACUUUCAGAGAGACAAGCCCCAACAAAGUUAGGAGUAAGAAGAGGCCUUACUUGUGUUUGGGCCACAACGUAUUCUUCUAA